AUGAAGAUCGUCGGACUCAUCUCGGGUGGAAAGGACAGCUUGUACAACUUGUAUUUAGCAAAGAAGGAAGGUCAUGAGAUCGUCUGUUUGGCCAAUCUCCAUCCCCCUCAAGGAGAAGCAGAGCUCGAUUCCUGGAUGUAUCAGUCAGUUGGUGCCGAGGGAAUUAAAGCGAUGGCCGCAGCCCUUCAGCUACCAUUAUAUCGGAAAGAAAUCAAAGGAAAGCCAUUAAAUGUGCAAGGAAAGUACCAAGAGCAAGAUGGAGAUGAAGUGGAGGACCUGUAUUGUUUGUUAAGUACCAUUAAAGCCCAGAAUCCAGAAAUUGAAGGUUGGUUUAUAUAAAUUUGAUGUUGUUAUUAAGAAUUUAGGGAUUGUUGAACUUAUUUUUCACAAAACCAUGUUUAGCAGUCUCAGUGGGAGCUAUCCUGAGCAGUUAUCAAAAAGACCGAGUGGAGAAUGUCUGCAAAAGAUUGGGACUCAAAGUUCUUUGUUAUCUUUGGGAAAGAGAUCAGCUGGAACUCCUAGAUGACAUGAUUCAAGACGGGAUUGAUGCCAUAAUCAUUAAAGUCGCAUCAGCCGGGCUGUCCACAAAACAUCUUGGAAUGACGCUCAAGGAGGUAUGGAUGUUACAGUAAUUAUUAAUUGUUUAUAUUUAGGCUAAAGAACCACUGAUUGAGGCAAAUAAGAAAUAUGGCGCCCAUAUUUGUGGAGAAGGCGGAGAAUACGAGACUUAUGUGAUCGAUUCUCCUCUCCAUGAAUCCAGAAUCUCCGUCGACCUCUGUGAAGCCGUUCUUCAUUCGGACAAUGCGGUCGCGCCCGUCGCUUACCUCAAGUUGUCCAAGGUGACCCUAAUCUCCAAGUACAGUGAUGGGUACUCAUCGUCUGAAAGCAAACCAGCCAGCCAGAGUGCUGACGAAAAGGAAGGGUAGGCUGGCCUGGCUUUGUUUUGGUUAAAAUGGGACGUUGACCGAAUCGGGAUGGAAUAGGAUCUAAUAUAAUAGUAAACAUUUUAAAACGCAUUUUACUAACGAAAGCGACGGGACAGUAUAUCUUUCCGAACGAACAAACCCAAAGCCAGGCUAGUUUACUCUGAUCUGUCUCUCCAGAAAACCGAGCUCCUCGUCUUCGUCUACUCCAGCCCAGACGUCUAGCUCUUCUCGACCAGUUAUCCCGCUUCUCUAG